GUUGGCCAACCUGCCGCAAUGACUCGGCGAGCUUAAAUUUUGACAGCACAACAUUGCUUUCAACUUCUCGUGAUAAUUUGUUCAAAUUCAGUGAAAUUAUGUCGACUCUCGAUGAACGCUUAUUCGAAGACGGUGAAGAAUCCCUCGGUGAGGAAGUUCUCCGGAUGUCCACUGACGAAAUCGUCAGUCGGACCCGUCUUCUCGACAACGAAAUCAAAAUCAUGAAGAGCGAAGUGAUGCGAAUAAACCACGAACUGCAAGCCCAAAACGAGAAAAUUAAAGAGAACACUGAGAAAAUAAAGGUGAAUAAAACCCUCCCGUACUUGGUAAGCAACGUUAUUGAACUACUCGACGUCGAUCCCCAAGAGGAGGAGGAGGAUGGGGCUGUCGUCGAUUUAGACUCCCAACGCAAGGGCAAAUGUGCUGUUGUGAAAACGUCCACUCGUCAAACGUACUUCCUGCCCGUUAUCGGCCUCGUAGACGAGGAGAAAUUGAAACCGGGCGAUCUUGUGGGGGUUAACAAAGACUCUUAUCUCAUUUUGGAGACACUUCCGGCGGAGUACGAUGCCAGGGUUAAGGCUAUGGAAGUCGACGAGCGCCCCACGGAACAAUACUCCGACAUUGGCGGUCUCGACAAACAAAUCCAGGAGUUAAUUGAAGCAGUAGUGCUCCCAAUGACCCACAAAGACAAAUUCUUCAAUUUGGGGAUUCACCCCCCGAAAGGUGUUCUUCUCUACGGCCCUCCUGGAACUGGAAAAACUCUCCUAGCCAGGGCCUGCGCUGCCCAAACUAAAUCAACCUUUCUCAAACUAGCUGGGCCCCAAUUAGUACAAAUGUUUAUCGGAGAUGGGGCCAAAUUGGUCAGAGACGCUUUCGCACUUGCGAAAGAAAAAGCCCCUGCUAUUAUCUUCAUCGAUGAAUUGGAUGCCAUUGGCACGAAACGGUUCGAUUCGGAAAAGGCCGGGGAUAGGGAAGUUCAACGUACUAUGUUAGAGUUACUCAAUCAAUUGGAUGGAUUCAGCUCAACGGCCGAUAUUAAAGUUAUUGCGGCAACGAAUCGGGUCGAUAUUUUAGAUCCGGCCCUGUUGAGGUCUGGACGUUUGGAUCGAAAAAUCGAAUUUCCGCAUCCAAAUGAAGAAGCAAGAGCGAGAAUUAUGCAGAUUCAUUCGCGGAAAAUGACCGUUAAUCCCGAUGUUAAUUUUGAAGAGUUGGCGAGGUCUACUGAUGAUUUCAAUGGGGCGCAGUGUAAAGCCGUGUGUGUGGAAGCUGGAAUGAUCGCGCUAAGGAGGAAUGCAACUGCAGUCACUCAUGAAGAUUAUAUGGACGCGAUAAUGGAAGUGCAAGCGAAGAAGAAAGCCAAUCUUAAUUACUAUGCUUAGAUUUUUUGUAUCAUUGUGUGGAAUAAAUAUUUUGUAACUUAUAAGUAAAACUUUUAGUUGAAAAA